AUGGCUAAAUCAUUAAGAUCCAAACCUAAGUUGAGGGCUAAGUCGUUGAAGCGUAAGGGCGAGUUCGAGGGAAUAGUCGAUGCUAGAAACAAGAGAUUGUCUGAGAAGAUGGAAAAGGAGACCAAGAGACAGGAGGAGAUGAAGCAGGCUGCUAAAGCGGAAGAAGGAGUCGAAGAAGAUGAGAAGAUGGCAGUUGACGGUGAAAAGAAGAAGAAGGUAAGCACUUCGGGGUGGAGGGACUCGAGAAAGCAGCAGUACAAGCAGAAGAAGCUCCAGAAGAAGAAGAACAUGAAGUUUUAG